AUAAUGUUUUAGCAUUCUUCUUACAGGAGACUACGUGGGAGAAGUCGAAGUUCCCUUACUCUGCCCUCGCCUCUCCUGUCCAGUGAAGCCAGGGUUCCCUUGAGCGAGGAGCCUCCUAUGUUGAGACCCACGGAAAGGCACAUGCAGUCACAAAGCUGCUAGAAAUUUGGCAAUACAGAGUGUGUGUAAAUUCAUAAGGGCAACAAUGAGUAUUCUCCCCGACCAGAUUCCUUUGGCCCCACUCAUGGACGAGGAAAUACUUGGCACAGUAGUCUAUAUCAAAGAACUUAAUGAAGGUAUGACUGAAGAAAUAGAGAUGGGAAUUAAGGAAGAACUGUAUGAUCAUGCAGAUGAAGUGAGUGAAGUGAAAGUGGAAAAUGAAUUUCUUUCCUUCAGAGAUCUUCAAGACCUUAAAAAUGAAGCAAAUGAAGAAGAUUCAUGUGAUAUUAUUGAAGAUUGCAAUACCUUUUCAAGAGUGCCAAUUGUGGCUGAGGAAAAUGAGAAAAAAAAAUUAUCAGAAGAGGAUCAGGCAAAACGUAAGGAAAACCAUAAAGAUAUUAUACACAGAAAAGUGGAAAGGAAAUUGAAGCCUUUUGUAUGUGAAGAAUGUGGCAAAGUUUGCUACAGAAAAUCAUAUAUAAACAAUCAUAUGAGAGUACACACAAAAGAGAAGCCAUACAGCUGUGAAAUUUGCAGCAAAGCCUUCUCUCAGAAAAAUAAUCUAGUAGUGCACAUGAGAGUACAUACAAAUGAGAAACCAUACAUCUGUGACAUUUGCAAAAAAGCCUUCUCUCAGAAAGGUUCUCUAGUAGUGCACAUGAGAGUACAUACAAAGGAGAAACCAUACAUCUGUGACAUUUGCAAAAAAGGUUUCUCAGAUAGAUCUAAUUUAGUGAUACACAUAAGAGUACAUACAAAGGAGAAACCACAUAGCUGUGAGAUUUGCAAUAAAGGCUUCUCAGAUAGAUCAACCUUAGUGAAACACAUACGAGUACAUACAAAGGAGAAACCAUAUAUCUGUGACAUUUGCAAAAAAGCCUUCUCUCAGAAAAAUCUUCUAGCAGUGCACAUGAGGGUACAUACAAAUGAAAAACCAUAUAGCUGUGAUUUUUGCAAUAAAGGCUUCUCAGAUAGAUCUGCCAUAGUGAAACAUAGAAGAGUACAUACAAAGGAGAAGCCAUAUACCUGUGACAUUUGCCAAAAAGCCUUUUCUCGAAGAGGUUCUUUAGUAGGUCACAGUAGAAUACAUACAAAGCAGAAACCAUAUAUCUGUAAUAUUUGCAAAAAAGCCUUCUCUUUGAAAGGUAAUUUAGUAGUGCACAUAAGAGUACAUACAAAGGAGAAACCAUAUAGCUGUGGGAUUUGCAAUAAGGACUUCUCAGAUAGAUCAGCCUUAGCGAAACACAGAAGAGUACAUACAAAGGAGAAACCAUGUAUCUGUGACAUUUGCAAAAAAGCUUUCUCUGAGAAAGGUUCUCUGAUGAGGCAUUUGAGGAUACAUGCAAAGGAGAAACCAUAUAGCAGUGAGAUUUGCAAUGAAGACUUCUCAGAUAAUUCAUAGUGGAUUACAUUGGAGAACAUGCAGAUGAUAAACCAUUUAUUUGUGGUUUCCAAUAAAAUCUUAUUUAAAAAAAGUCCAUGCAAAAGAGCAAUGUGCCUGAGGAUUCACCAAGAAAUAUGAUUCAGUGAUUAUGUACGGGCAUGCAAAGUUGAAGCCAAAUAGGCAUUCUCUGGGAAAGAAAAAAUACUCUGGUGUACAUAAAGGUUACAGGUUUAACAUAUAUGAGCUUUGUAGAUAUACCUUCACCUUGAGUAGAAAUUUUGUAGGGCACAUGAGAAUUACCAAUUAAAAAAUGAUCUACAAGGAAUAUUUCCUCCUGAUAUUAUGGUAGAUACAUCAUACAGUUUAAAGGUUCUCUUAUUUUAUUUAUGUUUCGUAUGAUUUUGUUAAUGUGUAGUUUUGUCAAGAUAUAUCAAGUCAUUUGUGUAUUUCCAUUGGUCAGUUCUAGACCACUUCCCCUAUAGUGACCACUUCCCAGUACU